AUGCGAACACCGUACUUGCUGACCGGCGACCCGAUGUUUCUAUCGUUCUCGCCCGUCGGACUCAGCAGCAACUAUGCAUACGGCGGUCUCGUGCGCUCGGCCAUGUCCGGCAACUGGUCAGGCUACAAGGCGUGGCGCAACGAGCAAAACCACAUUGUCCUGAGCUGGUACAGCUGGCGCCGCGAGUCGAUAGGCCAGAGCUGCGUCCGCCGGCGCGUCAUCAAGUCGUUUUACCGGACGCCGCUCGACCCGGACACGCUCGAGUGCCACACGAGGAUCGAGGUGGCGACGCAGCCCGAGGCCAAUCUCGGCGAGCUCAGUGUCACGGAGCGCAUCAACUACCCCGGCGAAUGGCAAUGCCUGCAUGACGAGAUGACGCAAUUCGUCCGGAUUCCUGGCCCGCGCAAGUAG